CCCGGCCAACUCGAUCAUAAGCGUCUAUUCGAAUUAGUGUCCAAGAACUACGAAACCUGGCUGCAAGCCAUGAGCAAGAAAUUGCAGGACGAAGAAAACUACCUGCCCUUUCCCAACGAAAAUGAUGACCCUGAAAUCAAAGAUGAUUCAGCAUUCAAUUUCAGUCUCUUGGAAGCACUCGAAAAGGCAUCAAAUGACUUCAGUGAUAAGAUUAACAAAUUGGACGAAGAGAAGGUGUUCAACCAAAUCCAAGACAAAAUGGACAACGUGGAAGAUGAAGUGAGGGAAUCUUUCUUGAAGGAGAGUGAAAUGGACUUCCUUCGUAAUAAGAUCUCACAAAUGAUAAGAUCCAACGAGUUCACGAUAAAUAGAGAGGGAAGACCGCCAGCAAGGAGUGGGAAGAGAGAGGGAUUUUCGUUGUACGAUACUAAAGAUGAAGAGGGAUUGCAUGAAGGAAACACUGACGGAUAUGACUAUGAUUAUGACGACCAAGGGGAUUACGAUAUAGAGGAGAUCAAUGGCGAUGAGUACCAAUACAAGUACAGUCCUACGCAUCACAUAGAAGUCGAGUUGAAUGCAACGUCAGAGUGCGAUGAGCAUGGCUUUGAUGGCUGUGAUUGUCCUUCUUACAGAACGAUUGGUGCUGAUAGGAACGCCUACGAUGAAGAUGGACCUUCAUGUGAAUUUACCUUCGAAUAUGACCACACAGGAAAGCUUGUACCAAUUUAUAAUAACGUGGAAGAGAAGUUACGAAUGAUGACCUUACAAUCAAGAGAUAGCCAGUCUUUUAUUGAACAUGGCGACGAUAACAAGAAGAAGAAGAAAAAGAAGAAGAAGAAAAACAAGAACACACAGGGUCAACAGAAUAGCCAACCAAAUCAAUCACAGCCCCCCAACCAACCACCUCACUUCUGCUUGUUCUGUGAGUACGAGACCAUUUUCGGCACAAAACCUCGUCAAAUGAUCAAAUGGUAUGAACAACAGAGUCGAAAGGACGCAAGGUACAGAGAGACCAUCAAGAAGAAAUUGGCAAAUGCAAAACAAAGAGCUAUUCGAAAGCAAAAAGAGCUAAGACAGCAGCAAUUGCAAGAAAGUGGAGCCCAUCCCGACCCUCAAGAUGCUGAAAAGGACAUCCAU